CUAUUAGUAACGCAUACAGCGCGGCGAAAUGCGGACGUGCGUGUUGGGAGUGGUGCUGCUGGCCGCGUGCGCGCGCGCCAUCACGCGGGACCAGCUCUACCCGUACGGGUCGGGGCUGGAUCUACAGCUGCAGAGAGGCGCGGCGGUCGAGAGCCCGGAAGUGCGCCUGAGAGUACCCGUUGUGUUUUACGGAGAAACGUACGAUUCGAUUUUCGUUAACAACCACGGAAUACUUUCCUUCAGAGCAGACAUAUCAUCAUUUAUGAAUGCAGAGUUCCCGCUCCCAUAUCCAUCAAUCGCAGCGUUUUAUUCCAACGUAGACACCUCCAUAUCAGGGGCGAUCUAUUACAGAGAAAGUAACGAAAAUCGUGUUCUCGCAAAAGCUACAGAGAGUGUACAAAAUAAUUUUCACGAAUAUUACGACUUCCAACCCACUUCUGUAUUUAUUGUGACGUGGGCGGACGUAUCUUAUACUGGUGCACAAGGCAACCAAAAGAAUACUUAUCAAGCGGCCAUAAUUAGCAACGGCAACGAGAGCUUCGUGGAGCUGUUGUAUCCCGAUGGUGACAUCCAGUGGAUUCAAAGAGAGACUUCUCCGGACAGCUUGCCAGACGCAAAGGCUCAGGCAGGCUUCGUGUCUGAAGACGGGCAGAUGCUGCUACUUAGGGGCUCUGGCAGCCAUCAAAUAAGGAAUAUAAUUUCUUGGUCAAACACACAAGAACCUGGGAAGUAUGUAUAUCGCGUAGGAAACGUAAUGCAAGAUGGAAACGUCGUAGUACCAGAUUUAUACAAUCAGAGUGAAGAGGAAUCUGAAGAAGAAUCUAGAACGUGUGCCCAAAGUGGGCCGAGUAUAUGCCACAUCAAAGCAAGAUGCGUCGACUACCAAGCUGGUAUUUGCUGCCAGUGCAAUGAAGGAUACUAUGGAAACGGGAAAUCUUGUGUUAAAGAGGAUGUCCCACUACGAGUACACGGCAAACUGAAUGGCGUUGUCAACGAAGUGUCAUUAAAUGACGUGGAUAUUCAAGCGUACGUGGUGGUGGCAGAUGGCAGGUCCUACACCGCUCUAUCACAAACACCGGCCGCAAUUGGAAACAACCUCCAACUGGUCCACGUCCUUGGCGGAGUCAUAGGGUGGCUGUUUGCCAAGCCGCUGGGAGACGCCAGCAACGGUUACCAACUUACGGGAGGCGUAUUCAACCACACAGUAGACAUAUUCUUCCCGGCUACAAACAAUCGCGUAACAAUCACUCAGGAAUUUAUAGGUCACGACGUUUUUGAUCAAAUUACUCUAGAUUGUGACAUUAGAGGAUCUCUGCCGAAUGUAGGUGUAGGCGCUAAACUUCAAGUCACAGAAUACGAGGAACAGUACACGGUGAUAGAAGCCGGACUAAUACGAUCGGAGUCCACUCGAACCAUUAUAGACAAAUUAACAGGAGUGAGCUAUGAGCAAAGAAUACAACAAACAAUCAAAUACAACACCUGCCACAAUGCACCACCAGAAGGCACGGUAUCAUCGACUUUGAAAGUUUCUAAAAAUUAUUUAGGCUACGAACCUAAAAAUAACAUAGUAAGAUAUGGAAUGAGUAAUAAAAUCGUUCCAUUAGGUCAAGAAGAUCCUUGCAUUUUUGGUAGAAGCACCUGCGGGCCUCACAGCUCUUGUGUAGUGCAAGGGAGCUCAUUUGCGUGUAUAUGCCAAUCUGGCUUCUCAAACGUAAUACAAGACGAUGCUUUGGUAUGUAUAGAUAUAGACGAAUGUGCUGUAAGCACGCACAACUGUGACACGAACGCUGACUGUUAUAAUCACGAUGGAGGAUUCCAGUGCCGUUGUCAUGAUGGCUUUGAAGGCAACGGAGUGACUUGCAGCCGCAUAUCGCAAUGUAGAGAGCAGUCUUGCAACCAAUUUGCUUCGUGCGUAGAAGGCUAUGGUGGAGAACCUACCUGCGUGUGUAAUCCUGGAUAUACCGGGGACGGACAAAGAUGUUGGUUGAUCAGCGCUUACACUUGCGACGUUCUACACAACUGCUCCCCUUACGCAUCCUGCAUCUUUUCACAAGUGAGCAACAGCCAUAUCUGCCAGUGUAAACACGGUUACGUUGGUGAUGGCUAUUAUUGUUCCGUGGAUACUCAAACACAUCCCGGAACCCUACCAGCGAUCACUACAACUCUUCAACCAAGCACCAACUACCCCGAUAACGAAUAUUUAACCCAUGAAUAUAACCAUAACAAUAACCAAGACACGUACAAUAACGAAUAUAACAAUAACAAUAAUCAAGAAACGAACAACAACGAAUAUCACAAUAACCAAGAAGCGGGCAACAACGAAUAUGGUAAUAACCAAGAAACGAGCAACAACGAAUAUGGCAAUAACCAGGAAACGGCCAACAACGAAUAUGGCAAUAACCAGGAAACGGCCAACAACGAAUAUGGCAAUAACCAGGAAACGGCCAACAACGAAUAUGGCAAUAACCAGGAAACGGGUACCAACGAAUCCGAAAAUGUGCAACAAUUCGUUUUGCCAAACUGCGGCUUCUUCGGCCUAGGCUGCACAUGUCCCGAUGGGUACUCCAGCUUUAUGGACGAGAAAAAUAACGAAUUAUGUCGAUUAGAUGGAUAUGCCGACCCACAUCUAUUGCAAAAAAAUAACGAUACUUCAAUUGCAUGUACAACCGAUUCAAACUGUCCACCAAAUGCAGAAUGUAAAUAUACGUUGGAUAUUGAUGGCCAAUACGUAUCACGCUGCGUUUGUCCCGAGGGUUUUGUAGGGAACUCCUACGAGUGUGUUGAACAGCGUAGCGAAGUAUGCGCUUGUGGGCCCAACGCUCACUGCUACCAGACUGCAAAUGGACCAACUUGUGUUUGCGACGUAAGAUACCACGGCGACGGAUACAUCUGUCGACCAAAACUCGUCUGCACAAACAGCUCCGAGUGUGAAUCCCACGCCGAAUGCCGGCCUGACGGCGCUAGUAACGAAUAUUUCUGCCAAUGCAUAGAAGGAUACAUCAAGGACGAAAACGAAGCGUGCAUCCCUGACCGCCAACUUUGUAACGGAGGCGUGUGUGCCGAACACGCUUCUUGUCUGUAUGAUAAGACUCUUGAGAUCGGCUACUGCGCAUGUGAUGCAGGAUAUGAAGGCGAUGGAAUCUACCAGUGUAUACCUAGGGUUAAUGGCCAAGAACGUCCAUAUGAUAACACAAUCACAACGUGCGAUAUCCUGCAAGAUUGCAACGAAAACGCGCAAUGCACACAAAUUGCAGACUUAUCAUAUCACUGUGUAUGUAGAGAGGGAUAUACCGGAGAUGGUUAUGAUUGCAGGCCGGAACCGAGCUGUCGGAACGAUCCUUACAUGUGCGAUGUACAUGCUUCAUGUCUCAAGCGGAACCAAGAAUACGUUUGCGAGUGUAAUUCAGGCUACUCAGAAGUAGCUUACGGCAAUGAAAGUCGGUGCGAACUGAACCCUAGACAAGCUGGCAAUUUCCUGGUGGCUAGUGAUGGUGUUUUUGUAUACAGAGUGCCCUUCAAGACCACCGCUUGGGAAUAUGCGACACCUAUCAACAGCGCGAUCGACCAGAUCGCUGUCGGCAUAGACACAGACUGCCAGGCAGGCAAAGUCUACUGGGGUGACGUGGUCAGUAACUCUAUAAAGCGUUCCAGCUACGAUGGAUCUGCAUUUGAAUUAUUUUUGACAAGUGGAAUCCUGUCUCCGGAAGGAGUGGCCAUUGACUGGGCAUCUCGCAAUAUUUUCUGGACUGAUUCAAAGAAGUUGACCAUUGAAGUAGCUAAUGUUGAUACUAAAGUGAGAAAAGUUUUGUUUUCUGGCGACAUCAGAAAUCCCAGGGGCAUUGCCGUGCAUCCACGAAGAGGCAAAGUCUUCUGGACGGAUUGGAACCGAUUAAACCCUAAAAUCGAGUGGGCUAACAUGGACGGAUCUCAGCGAGGAGUUUUUGUUGACAAAUCAGACGUGAAACUUCCGAACUCUCUAGCAAUAGACUGGCUGAGAGACCGUUUGUGCUACACCGACGCGGGACUGUUUCUAAUCAAAUGUGUCAACCUAGACACCAUGGAGACUGAAACCAUAGUCACGAACUGCUUGCAUCCUUUCGGACUAGCAAUUAAUCAGGAAACUUUCUAUUGGACAGAUUGGAAAACGCUUAAAAUCGAAAACAUCGACACACUGACGCAGAAGAAGGGUCAGCUAUCAAUCGCCACAGCGGCCAACAAGCUGUACGGCGUUGCGGUGGCGCCCAACGAGUGUCCCGGCGCCACCAACGUGUGUGCGCUGCGCAACGGCAACUGCGAGGCUGACCAGCUGUGCCUGCCGGAUGGCCGCGGCGGGCGGACGUGCGUGCCAGGAGAACAGAUUUACGGAUAUUAGAUGCUAAACUAGUUCAGUGUUCUUUCUGAAUGCUGGUCAGACACUGAGGAAGCCCGCCCACUAAUGACGCACCAGUUUCUUUGGAUGGAUGGAGUGUGAUGGUCGUCGUUUUUACCGCUUGUGUCGACUU